GCCUCGCCCAUCCGGCUGGGCGUCGGUCACGUGGGGCCCAGAUGGGCUGCCGCGAGGAAUGCUGGGCCAAGAUGGCAGCAAUGAUGAAGGCGUUUCCGCAGCGGCUGGUGGACUUGAUGUUCCUCCGGGCUGUCAGCACCUCAUCUAUGGGCACUUUACCAAAGCGGGUGAAAAUUGUGGAAGUUGGUCCCCGAGAUGGACUACAAAAUGAAAAGAAUAUCGUACCUACUCCAGUGAAAAUCAAGCUGAUAGACAUGCUUUCUGAAACAGGACUCUCUGUUAUAGAAGCCACCAGCUUUGUGUCUCCUAAGUGGGUUCCCCAGAUGGCUGACCACACUGAAGUCUUGAAGGGCAUUCAGAAGUUUCCUGGCAUCAACUACCCAGUCCUGGUCCCAAAUUUGAAAGGCUUUGAGGCAGCGGUAAGAGGAUAGCUUGUUGGUGGAGCUCCUGAAAUGAGAUUGAUGGGCCCGGCCUCAGAAAUAUUUGUUAAACAGCCCUGUCUCAGCCCUGCUGGCCAAAGGGCUCAGGACACUGACCUCAUUCCUCCUCUGUCUUCCCACAGGUACGUCUCCUGUGUGCUUGGCUGCCCUUAUGAAGGGAAGAUCUCCCCGGCUAAAGUAGCUGAGGUCGCCAAGAAGCUGUACUCAAUGGGCUGUUAUGAGAUCUCCCUGGGGGACACCAUUGGUGUGGGCACCCCAGGGACCAUGAAAGACAUGCUGUCUACUGUCAUGCAGGAAGUGCCUCUGGCUGCCCUGGCUGUCCACUGCCAUGACACCUAUGGCCAAGCCCUGGCCAACACCUUGAUGGCCCUGCAGAUGGGAGUGAGUGUCGUGGACUCGUCUGUGGCAGGACUUGGAGGCUGUCCCUAUGCACAGGGGGCACUGGGAAACUUGGCCACCGAGGACCUGGUCUACAUGUUAGAGGGCUUGGGCAUUCACACGGGUGUGAAUCUCCAGAAGCUUCUGGAAGCUGGGAACUUUAUCUGUCAAGCCCUGAACAGAAAAACUGGCUCCAAAGUGGCUCAGGCUACCUGUAAACUCUGAGCCCCUUGCCCACCUGAAGCCCUGGGGAUGGUGUGGAAAUAGGGGCACAAGGCCGGGCGGGGUGGCUCAUGCCUGUAAUCCCAGCACUUUGGGAGGCCGAGGUGGGUGGAUCACAAGGUCAGGAGUUCAAGACCAGCCUGGCCAAGAAGG